UUGGUUGCAGAAUUGAUUCGCUUGAAUGAUCCACCCACAGUUUGCAGGAGCUUUAAAAUAUGGGUCAUUAGUCUUUGGGAAAGGACAGUUUGCAGUCUCUUAGUGUGCUUGAUUCCAAGAAACAGUCAUGACUAGCUUACCAACUUUGUCUAAAGGUGAAGUGAUCACGGCUCUGUCCGUCACUGCUGGAGCCGUGGCCAUCGGCUUCCUGAUCCACAAAACACUGUUUUCCAAUUCCAAAUGCGUGAAGCCAAAAGUCAACCUGGACCUUCAGAAAGACAACCCCAAAGUGGUGCAUGCUUUCGAUAUUGAGGAUCUGGGCGAUAAGGCUGUCUACUGUAGAUGUUGGAGAUCUAAGAAGUUUCCAUACUGUGAUGGUGCUCAUGCAAAACACAAUCAAGACACGGGGGACAACGUAGGCCCACUGAUCAUUAAAAAGAAGGAUGCAUGAGUGUGAAACUUGAUGUACUCAGAGUCGACGUUUGCAAUCCCAUUGAAGCACUGAUGGAGAUUAAUAUAUAUUUGCCUCACAUGUGACUAAGCUUGUCAACUGAUUUAGGGUUUAUUAUUCUCUUGUCAUAGCUGCCUGUGUCUGAAUGGUCAUCAUACAUCAGGGUCUUAUUCUCAGUCUUCUUGUCUUAGUGCAGGUGUAUAUAUUGAGAAAUAUAUAUUUUUUUCUCCCAAAAAUUAAAUAAUUACAUUUGAAACUGGAUGUUAUGUAAUGAAAUUAGCACUACAUUUUUUCUUCCUUCGUAUUCAGAUCCCAAGUGGCUUCUCAGCUGAUUGCAAGGCUUCGUGAAAUUGCUGUAAUGAUGUUGACAAAAGCACUUAAGAGUGAAUGCGGCAUGACAGAUUGUAUAUUUGAAAGCCAUGAAAAUAAAUGAACCAAAAAAAAAGUAAAUGAACUGUAAGAAAGAGUGAAUGGGUUUAUUUGAAACUGGAUCUCAGUUUGUUUCUCUGCAGACUGUCCCAUGAUAUAACCUUAUCCAAACACACACAAGCAAGUGACAAAAUGGAAAAAGUACCUCUUGUUUAGGCUAAAUUAUAAAUCUUAGUUGGGUUUUCAGCACAAAUGCAAAACCCCAAAUAAAAUCUUAUUUAAUACAAACAUUAAUCAGAUUUGUUUUUUUACUUAGUUGAACCACACUGUGUUAUAAUAUACCAGGAUCUGAUCUGUAGUUAUGUGCUAAUUAUUAUAUGUAUGAAUGACACAUAGAUUGUUUUUAAAAAAAUGAUAUAACUUUUGAGUAUUAUUAAAACAAACAUCUGACCUUCUUAAACUUCUUAACUGAGUGAUGUAAAGUGAGUGAAUAUGCUGUGGUAAAGGCUGUGCAGUGUGCUUGAAAUUUUAUUUUGAGAUAUUACUCCAAGAGUAAAUUCAUCGGUUAACACUUGAUUUAACGUUCUGUGAUGGACAGAUUGUCUAGUCGUCUUUGAUUUUCUGAUGAAUGCAGUUCCCAUUUAAUUAUCUCUUUGUGUAAUCUGUACUGUAUGUCCUUUCACUGCUGCAGUUAUUCUUUUGUACACUCACUGUUUACUUUAUUAGGAACACCAGGCCUUCUGCACAUUUAUGCAAUUAUCAAACCAGCCAAUCAGGUGGCAGCAGCACAGUCAUGCAAAUAAAGAUCAAGAGCUUCAUUUAAUCUGCACAUCAAAAACCAGAACGAGGAAAAGGUGUGAUCCCUGUGACUUUAACUGUGGCAUGGCUGUUGGUGCCAGAUGGGUUGGUUUGUGUAUAUCGGAAAAUGCUGAUCUCCUGGGAUUUUCACACACACAACAGUGUCUGGAGUUUACACAGAAUGGUGGGGGGGGGCAUCCUGUGAGCAGAGGGUCUGCAGGCUGAAAUGCCUUGUUGAUGAUGGAGAUCAGAAGAGAAUGACCAGACUGAUCUCAGCUGAAAGGAAGUCUGUAGUAACUCGCAUAAUCACUCUUUACAACUAUAGUGAGGGGGAAAAAAAGCAUUUCAGAAUAUUUAACAUAUCAAGCCUUGAUGUUGAUGGGCUACAACUGAAGGCCACACCAGUUUCCUCAUCUGUCAGCCAAACACAUAAAUCUGAGGCUAUCAUGAGCACAGUCUCACCAAUCUGGACAACUGAAGACUGGAAAUAGAGGAGGAGAUUUUGUUCCUAAUCUUCAACUGUCCUGUUUAGGUGAGUCUGUGCUCAUGAUAGCCUCAGAUUCUUGUUCUUGGCUGACAGGAGUAGAACCAAAUGUAGCCCAUCAACCUCAAGCUUUGAUGUAUUGUGGAUUCUGGGCUGCUUUUCCGCUCACCAGGGCUGUAAAUAGUGAUUAUUUGAGUUAAAAUAUCCUUCAACUUCAACCAAUCUGGUCAUUAUCUGAUCUCUCUUAUCAACAAGGGGUUUUCACUCACUGUCAAAGUGCAGGUGUUCCCAAUAAAGUGGACAUUGAGUGCAUAAUCCAUCUAUUGAUAAUAGACUUUGUUUGCCAUGUUAUGUUUACAUCAGCAAUAAAUAUAUAACAUCUGUCUA